AUGUCAAGCAAUGACAAGCUAGCCAACCAAAAACGGUACCAUAUGAUUGUGGAUCCGAGCUCUCUGGUGUAUGGAGGAAUUUCCAGACUCAAGAAAUGGCAAACAGAGUACCCUCUGACGGUCUUUGUUCCGAACUACACACUGCGAGAACUGGACUUCCUCAAACGCUCCAUCAACCCUGUUGUCGCCCGAAACGCGCGGGAGAGCAUUCGUAUAAUUGACGCGGCGAUAUCUGAAGACCCUGCCGACGCCCAGAAUCCUCGUAUAGCGCAGUUUCUUCUGGAAUCUCCCGAGGAAGCAGGCCCAGACUGGAAAAAAGCUUCAAGCUACAGACAACGGACGCCCCUGGUAAACGAGAUCCCAGCAAUGGCUAGCGGCUACGGACUGUACCAGGAGCCUCGGAACAAGGCUAUGCGCUUGGUGACUUCCGGUUUCGAAGAGCAGGAGGAAAAAACGAAAAACACGGAUCAGCACGAAAAGGCCAAGGUCCCGCCUCGACUGAGGUACCUUAUCCGCUCGUGCAUUCAGAAACAGUUCGUCGAAAAUAAAAAGCGAAAACCCAAGUCGAGAAUUGAUUGGGUGGUCGUUUGCGAGGACCCCGUCACAACUACAUGGCUCCGGUGUUUUGGGUUUAAAGUGCUGAGCAUGAACCAGAUGCAAGCGUUUCUGGAACGGCCAGACUCCAUCGAUUCACCGCAAGUGGAGAACGGGGAGCCGGGAGUGGUGAAAACACAGGAUUACAGAAAAAUCACAUUUGCUCCCAGAGGAUCGGGCAAGUUGUGGAAACCAUAG